UUAAGGCGAACACAGCCAAGCCAAGAGCAGUGCAACGGAACCAAACCGAAACCAUACAGAAUUCCGGCUAGAUAAAUAACAUUUUUGAAAUUCUCAAAAUACCAAAAACAGGAAACUAAAACAACAAACAAUCCCAAAAAACUCAUUCAAAAAACCAAAAAAUAACAAAAACUGAAAUAUUUUGUUCGUAAUUUUUCUUACUGUGUUGCGCGUUCCGAUCCGAUCCGAAUCCGAAUCCAAGAAAAGUGAAAGAGUGUGGCAUGGCCAGAAAUUGAUCAGCUCUGAUUUUGUGGCAGCCAAAAAGGAAAAAACGCCAACAACUACAACAAAAAAAGCGGAAAGCGGCAAGCACAACGAAUCGGGAGUGGAGCCCAACUCCGGCCGAGUGGGGGGCAGGACAAGUCCAGGAAGAGCCAAUAACAUAGCCCUCCUCCAGCCCCGGCUCCAUCGUCUCUCCAUCAGAGUCAUGUCCGAGUGGGCAUGGGCGGCGAUCAAGGGGUGCUAAUUGAAUUGCAGGAAAUGUCAACGGCAGUCACGAAAACCGUCGCCGCCGCCGCUGCGGCCAUGCUGGGGUCCAGCAUGGACAAUAACUCUGCCUAUUCGUACGAUAUAUCCGCAACGGACGUGCUCUAUCAGUGGAGUGCCAAUGCGGCGGCAGCCGCCACCGGCGGGGCACGUAUCGCCCACACCAUGCCGCCCUCAGUGGCGACCCUGCCCCCAGCCACGAAUCACGGCUCCAUGCAUCAGGCCAUGCCGCUUCCCGGAAUCGGACAACGCCUCGCUCCCAACGAGACGCAGUUCGGACUGCUCGACUACGGGAUGAGCAGCAUGAACGACAGCCUGGACUACGCCUCCUACCAGCAGCAGAUGGGCGAGGACGGGCAGUGCCGGCAGAUGGACGCCAACGUGAGCUACUGGAACCUCACCUGCGACUCGCCCCUGGACUACGCCCUGCCCCUAUACGGCUACUGCAUGCCCUUCCUGCUGAUAAUCACCAUCAUAUCGAACACCCUGAUCGUCCUUGUCCUCAGCAAGAAGAGCAUGGCCACGCCGACAAACUUUGUGCUCAUGGGCAUGGCUAUAUGCGAUAUGCUGACGGUUAUAUUCCCGGCACCGGGACUCUGGUAUAUGUACACUUUUGGCAAUCAUUAUAAGCCUCUGCAUCCGGUCUCCAUGUGUCUGGCCUACAGCAUUUUCAACGAGAUUAUGCCAGCCAUGUGCCACACCAUCUCCGUGUGGCUAACCCUGGCCCUGGCCGUGCAAAGAUAUAUCUACGUGUGCCACGCCCCCAUGGCCCGCACCUGGUGCACUAUGCCGCGGGUGAAGCGCUGCACGGUGUACAUCGCACUGCUGGCGUUCCUGCACCAGCUGCCACGAUUCUUUGACCGCACCUUCCUGCCCCUUCAGAUCGAGUGGAACGGAAACGAGACGGAGGUGUGUCACCUGGAGACGUCGAUGUGGGUGCACGAGUACAUCGGCAUGGACCUGUACUACACGAGCUACUACCUGUUCCGGGUGCUGUUCGUGCACCUGCUGCCGUGCAUCAUCCUGGUGACGCUCAACAUCCUGCUGUUCGCGGCGAUGCGGCAGGCCCAGGAGAGGCGGAAGCUGCUGUUCCGCGAGAACCGCAAGAAGGAGUGCAAGAAGCUGCGCGAGUCCAACUGCACCACGCUGAUGCUGAUCGUGGUGGUGACCGUGUUCCUCAUCGCCGAGAUACCCAUUGCCGUGGUCACGGCCAUGCACAUCGUGAGCUCGCUGAUCAUCGAGUUCCUCGACUACGGCAUCGCCAACAUCUUCAUCAUGCUGACCAACUUCUUCCUGGUGGUGAGCUACCCGAUCAACUUUGGCAUCUACUGCGGCAUGUCGCGCCAGUUCCGCGAGACCUUCAAGGAGAUAUUCCUCGGCCGCAUCAUCGCCAAGAAGGACAGCUCCUCCAAGUACUCGAUCGUCAAUGGACCCCGCACCUGCACCAAUACCAACGAGACGGUCCUAUAGUAAUUGGUGAUGUUGGUGCCGCGGCGUGGCAGCAGCGAUCAGCAUCGCACCACCGCCGUCCGCACCGCCGGCCAUGCCACAGACCGCCACAGUGGGCACUGUGGCGCGGGCGGGACGCCGCAGCACCAACAUCUGCUCCAGCACUACCAGCAGCGACGAGUGAGCACAAUGGACAUCAUAACCGAGGAGCGCAAUGUCUAAACAGAUGGCCAUCGCAUCCAAAGGCCUCCGCUUCACGAAGAGAACGUAUUACACAUACAUAUGUAGUUUCCCAUCCAAUAGUCUGGGAGACGAGCCCGACGACACCGAACACUCAAAAAUCUCAAAGGCUAAUCGAAAGAAAGCAACAUUUUGUGAAUCUUCAGAUUUGCCGAUUCACACCAAGACCCAAUUACCCGAAUACCCAAAUAAAUAUACAAUGCAUAUAAAAAUAAUCGAAUAGUCGAAUAGGCGAAUAGUCGAUGUUAUAACUCCAGUUGCAGUUCCCCCAAAUAGAGCCCCAAUAGAGUCUCUCGACUUCAGAUCUGUGUGUGUUUUUUGUGUGUUGAUGUUAAUGUUGAUCUUAAUGUUGAUGUCUCAUACUCGUACUCUGCAUUGAUGUUCAGGUUAAGUCAAUAUAUCGUUCUGUACACGCGUUAGCGUUAACCAACCCAGUGUCUAGGUUUAAGGAGGAAGAGAAGCAGGGGACUACCCAUACGGUACGGGUGAUGGGAGAUGGGAGGUGGUAGAUGGAAGGGACUUGAGAGGUGAUAGCUGAGAUAGCCCAGAGCAGGCGUAACUUAAUGAUUACAAUAAACUUAAGAUCAAAUAAUUAGGCUACGUUCAGAAUUAUCUACAGGAAACCCACAGAGAACCCCAGAACUAUCAGAAAACUGAGGAAAAUCAAAUAAUCAUUAACAAAUAAAAUCUAAUUUAAGUGUCUACUGAAUAUUGAAACGAGGCUUAAGCGAAGUGAACCCUUUAUUUUUGGCGCAACUUUUUGUGCGACAUUUGUGAAGUAUUUUUGUAAUUUCGGAUCAUCCUUAGGUGAGAAGGCUAAUCGUAAGGACAUGGACACAAAUGGCACUCGUUUAAAUCCGUAAACCUUUGAGCCCCAGAGUUUACCGAUUUGAAUGAAACCCAGAACAUAACACUACACAACAAAACACAGAGCAGAACAGAACAAAGAGCACAGAGCACGCGGAGCAGAGCAGAGCAGAGCCCCAUCAGUCAUAACGAAUUU